AUGGGCGCCGACGGCAAGAGGAUCGCGGGGGCCGGUGCCGGGGUCGGCAGCGGGAAGCGCUCGCGGCCCGAGCCCGAGCCCGAGCCGGCGGGGAAGCAGCAGCAGCCGAAGCGGCGGCGGGGCCGGCGGCGGGGCCGGCGGGCGGGGCGCGCGGUGGUGGCGAGGCGAGAGGCCGGGAAGGUGGGAGCCGCCUGGGCCCCGGGGAGCUCCCGGGCUCCGCCUCCGCCGCCGCCGCCUCCGCCUCCGCCGCCGCCGCCGCCCCCCGUACCCUCCUCCGUUCGCCGAGCGCUUUCCUCGAGUGAUAGUUCGGACGGCGACAGCGAUGACCCACUUCCAUUCGCGUUACAUCAAAAACCCGAGGAGCUGUCGGCGUACGAGAGGAAGCGGCUCAAGAACAUUGAGGAAAAUGCCAAAUUUUUUGCAUCUUUACGUUUACUGGAGGCUGCCCAAAAGCUCCGGCAGACGGGUAAACCAAAACCAAGAAAAAGACGAAUUAAACCCGAAAGCAAAAACCCUACUACCUCUGGAGCGCGACGGUCAUUGCGUCUCCUGAGGCCGAGUCUUGCAGGCACUACAGUCACAGAGCCAGCGGUGGAGCCAAAAACAUCGCUGGACGUAAAAGAGUUGAGUGAGCCGACGAAGAUGAAAGGUGUAGAAAGUGUACCAUCAGCAAAAUUGAGAGAAUACAAGUUGAAACUGAACAGGAUGACCAUCCGACUUGACCAAGUUGCGAAAAUGACUACAUCUCGAUUGUGCUCAAUAGCUAUUCAUCCUUCCGUGGACAAACUCUUGAUUGCUGCAGGGAGCAGGCGUGGACAAAUUGGUCUUUGGGAUCUGAAUUCCCCGCCGGAUAACGAUGCAGUCCGUCUCUUCAAGCCUCACAUUAAUCCUAUUAACUGUUUGUGCUUUAACCCUUAUAAAUCUGAAGAAUUGCUUUCAUUGAGCAACAAUGAAAGUAUUCUCUGUGGAAACCUACCCAAAGGCAUCUUUCACGAGGUGUACAAGGUCAACUACCUAAGCAUGUCUUCUUUUGACUUCUUGAAUGAUGAUGGUGCAACGCUGAUCGUCAGUCACUGGAGUGAAUAUGUGUCCCUCGUAGACAGGCGGACACCAGGCACUGGGCCUGAAUUGGUUGCCAAUUUGAACAUGGAAAGGUUCAGGAUGGUCAAUGUCCACCCAAUGCAACGACAGUAUUUUGUAGCCACUGGAGCACGGGCUGUAAAUAUUUAUGAUAUCCGAUAUUUAAAAGAAAAGAGUAAGAGGGUCGCCUGCCUGGAAAAUCAUCAUAAGAAUAUAAACUCAGCCUAUUUUUCACCGGUUACUGGCAGGAGAGUGUUAACCACUUGUUCUGACGGUAUGAUCAGAUUAUUUGAUAUCAAGGGUAUGACUUCCACGAUCCCUCUUAAGACAAUAAGGCGCAACCAUUUCACAGACCGUACGCAAACUAAAUUCCGAGCUGUGUGGGAUCCUCAACAGGACGAUUUUUUCAUAGCGGGCAGCACGGUGUGGCCGAGACAGAUUGAAGUUUUUCAUAGCAGUGGAGCCAUGGUGCACGCAUUCAGGGAUCCAGACUGUCUUAGUUCAAUAUGCUUAAUCAAUGUGAUGCAUCCAACAAGGAACAUUCUGGUUGGUGGAAAUAGCAAUGGGAAAGUUCAUGCAUUCAUGGACUGAUUACAUUUCUCCAAAUUGUAUGCAAAGUUUAAGGUGAAAUCUCCUGGGUCAUUCCAAAUCUGAUGCUGUAACGGUCCAUUUAAGCACUAUACACUCUGAAUGGCUAAUGCAUAAUUAAAUAACGCUGGUAGUUUGUCCUCUGCUUCUGACAAAUGAGCAGUGAAAACAUGUCAUUUGAUAAAAUAGAAGCAUACAAUACUUAGAGCUCCUAAAUAUGUGUACAACCGUGUGGAUGUCAAUCCCAAAAGUGCAGUCAUGGAACGCAUAGCAGAGAAUACAUCUGAAAACGGUGCUAAACUAGCAAAAUGGUGUGUUUGUGCUGAACAAAGAGAUUGUAAGUCGCGGAAGGCAAAUUGACCAGUGUUGCAGUUGACCACACUCAGUGAGCCUGUGGCACUUAUCAUGCAGCUGACUGACUCAAUUGACUUGCUGUAAACAAUCUGUCUCCAACAUGAAUCCUUUCAUGUCAUCUUAUUAAUGGGUUCAGAUAUAUAUCAACAGAAUCGCAUCUCCUGAAGCCUCCCAUUGGAUUGUUGACUUAAUUUAACUGACAGCCAUUCAGCAAUUAUAGUCAUUUUAAAUCUACGAUUCUUACGUCUAUCCCUGUUGAUUCCAUUAGUUUUUCAGCUAACGUGAGGCUUUUCAAUAAUGUUGCCUGUAAACUGCAGCAGAAAGAUUCACUGAUGGCCAGAGAGAUCCAACUGGCGGCCCAAGGGUCAGAUGUGGCUCCCUCCCUCCAUUUCAUGUGGCCCACCUGCUUCCUCCAUAACCCAUAAAUGCUAUGUUUCUGGAAGAGAAACAAAACUAUUGCUUAUGUAACUUGAACGUUUCUCGAAAAGGGCAUCUAGGCCUCAGCAGCCAGAAGGUUGGCCCACCUGAAAGGCGUUGAGAGGUGCUUAUUAAACUCUGGGUGACAACUCUGCUGUUGACCUAUUAGAGAGCCGAUGAGCUUGGUUUUCGCAGCGAUGUAAAAUGGUAAUCUGAAACAGAGAAGACUUCCCAGGAAUUUUGUAAGCCGGCUGCAUAUGAAAUGUAUGCCACAGAACAUUGAUUAUAAUAUUUAUUUUAUCAUUCAAAUUUUCUGAGAAAUUUAUGAAAUCUUAAAAUGUCUUUCAUACAGAAUAUAUUGACUUUUAAAAUAUCUUAACACGUGCCUAUAUUGUCUCCAGGAGAUAAGAGUUGAGCAGUACACAGUUGCACUCGGUUAUAACACACACCCCAGCAGAGUAUAAUAAGUUUCAGCAUGUGCAUAGUGUGCAAAUGCAUUAAUUACACUUCCUGUUCAUGGCCUGAAUGCACACUGGAUGUGAUAUCAGCAUGAGCUGGUGAUCCAGAGGCACGUAUCUGUGGUUGUUAUAACCUGGUUUGGGAAUUUAUGGACUUGUUUCACUGUGUUCUAGUGCAGUCCUAAUGUAUUCUGGUCAUUUAGUAGAGAAAUGUACAUUAAAAGAGAUUUCUGUUUCAAAUUGCAGGUUUUGUAUCCUGCAUUUAUUCUGUGGGUUACUGACAAUUGACUUGGUUGUUGUGAUUAAAAUUAACAUGAUUUAAAAAC